AUGUUCUCUGGCUAUCUGAUGACGGCUGUGUAUCGACUAAAUGGUACCAAUGGCUAUCAGGGAUGGCAGUGGCUUUUUAUCAUCAACACCAUAAUAUCGCUACCAAUUGCCAUAGCAGGGUUCUUCUUCUUCCCAGACGUACCAGAAAUCACUCGUGCCUGGUGGUUGACGAAGGAUGAGAUAGCGCUAGCCAAUAAGCGCAUGGAGUUUGAAGGCCGAGCCAAUAGGGGAAAAUACACAAAAGCCACGUUCAAGAAGAUCUUCACUUCGUGGCACAUUUAUGCGCUUACCCUGCUUUACAUCUUCUUUAAUAAUGGGACGGGCUAUGGUGGCCAACCAGCUUUCUCGCUCUGGUUGAAACAAGAAGGAUACAACAUCGCUGCUAUAAAUUCGUAUCCUACGAUUGCUGCAGCUGUCGCUGUGAUCUUCACUUAUAUUUAUGCAUGGACGUCCGAUUCUCUCUUCAAGGGUGCUCGAUGGCCGCCUAUGAUAUUCUCAGGGGUUGUCAAUAUCAUCACCAACACAAGUCUCGCCGUGUGGAAUGUUCCUACGGGUUGGAAGUGGUUUUGCUACGUCGUUGGUUUGAUCGGGGGAGGAAUCAGCGGCUUGACCUUUGCGUGGGCACAUGAAAUCUGCAGUGGUGAUAAUGAGGAGCGAGCUUUCGUAGUAGCAUCUAUGAACGAGAUGGCUUAUGUAGUUCAGGCGUGGCUGCCACUGAUUAUUUGGCAACAGGUUGACGGACCCCAGUAUCACAAAGGGUUUGUCACCAUGGUCUUCUUUGCCGCUGGCCUUAUCGUCACUUCUCUCACGAUACGGACGCUACAUCAUCGAGAAGUAGCUAAAAAGGUUCAGCUAUUGAAUAUAGGAGCGGCCUAG